CAGAAGUAUGCGGGGCUCGUCCUCUCAGAGCUGACAGCGACGGGACGAGGAGGAUGUAGAUCACCUGCGGAGAGCGGCGCGUCGUGCGUUUAAAACGGGACUUAUUUUCAGGAGUCAAUGCAUUUGCAGUUCCUCACCAGUGAUGAGUUGGCUCCUGUUGUGGAUUCUAACUGCAGCCGGCAUUCAACAGGCCUACUCCCAGAAUUCCACUGCCAUGCCGCCUGCGACAGCCGUCACAUCCCCAGGUGCGGACUAUUACAACCGCACACAGUACUGCAAGUGGCCCUGCGAUUGCCCCAAAGUCCCCCCUACCUGUCCACCGGGCGUGAGCCUCCUCAUGGAUGGAUGUGACUGCUGCAAGGCCUGCGCCUGUCAGGUGGGCGAGGUGUGCAACGAGGCGGUCACAUGCGACUACCACAAGGGACUCUACUGUGACUACAGCUCGGACAAGCCUAGGUACGAAAAAGGAGUGUGUGCAUAUAUGGGGGGAACAGGCUGCGAGCAUGAUGGUGUGAUCUACCGUAGUGGGCAGAGCUUCAAGCCCAGCUGUAAAUACCAGUGUGUUUGUGUGAACGGUGCCAUUGGCUGUGUGGGGCUGUGCCUAGAGUCCCAGCCUCCACGGAUAUGGUGCCAAACCCCACGCCGGGUCAAAGUCAAGGGACAAUGCUGUGAGAAAUGGAUCUGUGAUGAACCCAAAAGAGGACGCAAGACGGCGCCACGACACGCAGUAGAGGUUUCCCCAGCUGAGACCAGGAGCUGGCACAAGAACUGCAUUCCCCAGACUACCUCAUGGAGCCCCUGCUCAAAGACCUGUGGACGUGGCCUGUCCCUGAGGAUCUCUAACGCCAACGAGGAGUGUGAGCUGGUCCAAGAGUCUCGCCUGUGCAACCUGCGGCCCUGUGAUGUCGACAUCACCAAACACAUCAAGCCGGGAAAGAAGUGUCUGAACAUAUACAGGGAAGAAUUGCCCAAAAACCUCACCAUCUCUGGCUGCACCAGCAGGAAGCAGUAUAGGCCCAAAUACUGCGGCGUCUGCACAGAUGAGCGCUGCUGCAUCCCCUACAAGUCCAAAACCAUCGACGUGGAGUUUGAGUGUCCUAACGGGUCGGGAUUCACCUGGAAGAUGCUGUGGGUCCAGGCCUGCUUCUGCAACCUCAGCUGCAAAAACCCCAACGACAUCUUUGCUGAGCUGGAGAGUUACUACAAUCAACCGGAAGUCAUGAACUAACAGGUGGCAAUCAUGCGCUCUGCUUGUGUGAGGUGCCUGACUUACUCCUGGCUUCUUUGUCUUACGUAAUGUUUUAUAUUUGUGAUGCCUAUGAUUAUGUAUAAGGGAUUAUUUUACGGUCUUUGUUUCCUAUUGGAAAAAUCUGUAAAUAUGAAAUAUAUAUGUGUCUCCAGAUUGGAUUCAUAAAGCAUGAUGUGCUUUUGAAGAAUAUUUGAAGCACUGCUUUGCUAAUGAAAAAAUAUUUAGCCAGUGAGUGUGUGAAAUAUUGAAGGCUUAAUUUAUUUAUGUAGCUUUAUGCAUAUGAAAUAACAUAUGUAAUGUUCUUGACGUGCUUUCAAGAACAUUCGACAUUGUCUUUAAACUCACAAGUCACUUAGACGAAAAAGCUUUACUCUAGAUAUCUUCCUUUAUAUUUCUUGAAAUUUACUUUAUAAGAAAUGUUAAAAAGACAGAAAGGGACUGAGAUGCCAAAGAAAAAGCCUUAUUUUAGGACAACAUUUCCAAAUAUUGAAUAAUGACAGAAUCAGGGAAGAUCGGUUACACGUUUUUUAUUAUCAUUUUUUUAAUAAAUACAAACUGUUAUGUCA